ACAUUAUCUUAAUUGUAGAGGGAACUUGCGAUCCCAAACCCUUCCGAAGACUUGCAAUCAAAUAUAUUCCACCGCCGUACUCUUUGUCGCCCCCGACGUGCCGCGAUAUCAGUUAUACCUUUUUCUUCAACUAACGUGAAGAGUUUCAAUGGAGAACGGAGACAUCCCUGAGAAUGCCAACGAGCAUUGUCCAGGCCCUCAGUCUGAAUCUGCUGGAAAAUCUGAUGCAUGUGAAGGGUGCCCAAAUCAGCAAAUUUGUGCCACUGCUCCCAAAGGACCUGACCCUGAUCUGGUUGCCAUUGCAGAAAGAAUGGCUACUGUGAAACACAAGAUAUUGGUCUUGUCGGGAAAGGGAGGAGUUGGUAAGAGCACGUUCUCUGCCCAGCUGGCAUUUGCUUUAGCAGCAAGGGAUUUUCAAGUGGGUCUUCUUGAUGUUGAUAUUUGUGGUCCAAGUAUUCCGAAGAUGCUUGGCCUAGAAGGUCAAGAGAUACACCAGAGCAACCUUGGCUGGUCUCCUGUGUAUGUGGAGUCCAACCUUGGGGUCAUGUCAAUUGGGUUCAUGCUUCCCAACCCCGAUGAAGCUGUUAUAUGGAGAGGCCCACGCAAAAAUGGACUUAUCAAGCAGUUUCUAAAAGAUGUGUACUGGGGUGAACUUGAUUUCCUAAUCGUGGAUGCUCCACCAGGAACCUCAGAUGAGCACAUUUCCAUUGUUCAAUGCCUUGAUGCCACUGGAGUAGAUGGAGCAAUCAUAGUGACAACACCUCAACAAGUCUCUCUAAUUGAUGUGAGAAAAGAAGUGAAUUUUUGCAAGAAAGUUGGCGUGAAAGUUCUUGGGGUUGUAGAGAAUAUGAGUAGUCUGUGCCAGCCCAUCACAGAUUUCAAGUUUAUGAGAAUGUCUGAUAACGGGGAGCAGAAAGAUGUUACACAGUGGGUUUGGGAAUAUAUGAAAGAAAAAGCACCAGAAAUGCUGAAUUUGAUUGCUUGCACUGAAGUAUUUGAUAGCAGGGGCGGGGGAGCAGUGAAAAUGUGCAAUGAAAUGGGGGUACCCUUUCUUGGUAAAGUUCCUUUAGAUCCACAGCUUUGUAAGGCAGCUGAAGAAGGUACAUCCUGCUUUGCUAAUAAAGAUUGUGUUGUUAGUGCUCCGGCAUUAAAGAAGAUUAUAGAGGAGUUGAUUGAAAAUAAUGGAUGGUUAAUGUUAUUGAGUAAUGGAGCUUAGGAGAUAUUGAUUUAUGGUGAUCUUUGUAAAUCAAAAUCUAAUUUUAUCUAUGAACUCUUAGCACAGAAAACAUUCCUUGAUAUUUUAAGGAAUGUAAAAGCUUAUAUGAUUUGUGUUUGAGACGUUUUGGGAUGUGAAGUAUAGGCUUUCUGGGCUUAAUGUAGUAACAGAUAAUAUUACAAUGAAAUAAGUUUUCACGUUUGUAUUGACCUCGUAA